AUGCCGCCGUUGGCGGCCGCCGGCGAUUUCCUCAUUCUCGAGUUCAUCGCAGGCAACCGCCGCAUCCCCCACGCCGUGUUCGACUCCCUCCUCGCCUCCCUAUCCUCACCCUCCGCCUUGCCCCGCACCUCACAGCGCCUCCGACAAGCCCUAGUGCUCCGCGCCCUCGACGCUGCCCUCCACACCGAGGGCACCUCCUCCUGCUCCUCCAGCCUCCUCCUCCUCCACAAGGCGCGAAAGGUCCUCGCCGACCCCGACGCAGCCGCCUGCUUCCCCCACCAGAUCUCUUUUGCAGACAAUGAAGAGAAGGACGAGGCUAGGGCCGCGGCCGCGGUGGCCGAUCUCAAGCGCCUCCUCGACCUUGAGUGGGCCAACCUCCCGCCCUCCACACUCGAGCGCGCCGCCGACAGGAUCGCCGGGGACGGGGCCCACCAGACGCGGCCCGCCGUCGACCACACCAAGCCUACAAAGCGUCGCCUGCUCGUAGGGGAAUCAACGGAGCGUGAGAUUUUAUCUAAGCUUGUGCAGGAUAGAUCCAAUUCUCAUCAACCAAUUCUGACGGAAGUUGCUGAUAAUGCGAGCAAUGCCAAUGAAGCUGAUGGUGCUCGACGAGAUGAUGAGGCCCAUUCUUCUAAUGAAAACAGUGAGGCUGAUUGUGGUCAAGAAGGUAUGGCUGGGCACCAAAAUGCAUCGGUUAAAGGAGCAGAGGGUCGAGUUUCAGAGAAGGCUGUCCCUGCUUCUAAAAAGUGCAGUCUUAUGGAGAGAAAUCCCAAUGCAAGCACUUAUGAGUGGGAUAGCUCUGAUGAUGAUCAGCCAGUACGGAAGCGCAAAGUACAUCAUUUUGAGAGAAAAUCAUAUCCUUCUCCUUCAUGUGCACAUAAGAUCAGAAAGAAGUGGAGUGAGAUAGAGGAAAAAACCUUGCUGGAAGGGGUGGAGAAGUAUGGCAAAGGCAAUUGGAAAGAUAUCAAAUUAGCUUACCCUGAUGCCUUUGAGGAGAGAUCAACGGUAGAUCUGAAGGACAAGUUCAGAAAUUUGGAAAGGCACCACCAUGAAUCGGCUUGA